UGAAAUGGACAAAAUGUGUAAUAUUGUCCUGUUUUGGUAGGUGAUAAAAUGGCUAGCUAGAUUUAAUAUUUGAUUUAAGGAAGUAGGAAGGACUGGGAUCCCACAAGACCCAACAGAAACGCCACUGUAAGUGAAUAAUCAAACUCACAUCCUUUAAUUUAAGAGCUGUUUUAUUUUGGUCAGGAUAAUGGUGGUUUUAAACGACUAAUUAGUUUAUGUUUUGAAAAACAAAACUUUAGUUCAACUGUGUUUUUUUCCCCAUUCCUUGAUUUAUGCCUUUAAAAUGUGCCUUUUGGAGCAUUUAGCACCACCCCCUGGAAAUAUGGGGUAACAAUUUAAUAAUAUAACUAAAUAAUUGCCAUAAAAAAUGGCUUCUACACUGAUUUCUAUUUUGAUUCAUUACAGUUAUGAAGAAACUAUGAGGGGUGUAUUCAGGAUUCUGAGAAGCUUGGAAUGUGUUCAUCACUCAUGGGGGGUCAGGGGUUUAGGUGGUGCGGGUUAUGGGAUUAAGAUAAACAAAGCUGGAACACUCACAAAGCAACACCACAGCAAACAUCUGCAAUACCAUAGCAAUUGCCUAGCAAUGCCCUAGCAACCCACAAAUGAGUUUAUUAAGUUGUUUAGAGUAUACUUUUUAAAUGGACCACUUUAAAUCAAGUGUUAUGCAGUUGCCACUAGGGGGCAGCACCUAUACUUAACAGAGCUAUAUCACAGGUUGCCAGCCUUAGUCCUUGAAAUCCCUCUUCUUGGCACAUUUCCCCUUGCUGUAACACACCCACUUCAACUCAGAACGGGUUGAAUAGUUGAAUCAGGUGUGUUAGAGUAAGGAAAACAUUGAAAUGUGCUGUUUAGGAACAGGGAUGGAAAGCUGUGGUGGAGACGUUGGGAUGUUAAUCAGAACAACCUGCUGCUGAAAUACACUAGACACAACAGAAACACACUAUAUGCAAGUAAUUAAAAAAAUAAAAAUAAAAAAAAACUUUGGACAGUGUGCUAAACUUCCUGUACACUCCUGCUUGGGAUAAUUUGCAGCUCCAGCAUCCAGCUGUCCUUCUAUCCAUCCAUUCAUCCAAAGGUAAAAGUCAGUACAAAGGCAGGCGUGUCCUGGUUUUAUCGUUGUAGCGUGUGAAGUUGUGUUCUGGAUCGCUUGUGGAACAACAACAAAGAUGUGAAAGCUGUAGAAUUGUCAGAAAUGGCCUCCAGUGACCCAAGUUAUAUGUCUGGUGACCUACACCAUCUGUCAGAAGUGAGCAUUGUGCUGCUGGGCUGCAGGAAUUCUGGGAAAAGUUCUACAGGAAACACCAUCCUGGGCCAAGAAGUGUUUGACUUACAGGAAAGUGUGCAAUGUGUGAAGAGACAUGGAGAAGUAGCAGGGAAGAAGAUCACUGUAGUUGAAGCUCCAGGAUGGUGCUGCAAUAAACCUGUAGAGGAGAGUGCCAAGCUUCUGAAAGAGGCGAUCGUCCACAGUGUGUCUCAGUGUCCUCCAGGUCCACUUGCUGUACUGGUGGUGGUAAACAGUGAAAAGAGUUUCACAGAAAAAGACAGAGAAAUAUUAGCAGGAUAUCUCAGUCUUCUCACUGAUGACGUCUGGAGUCACACCAUAGUUCUGUUCACUUUUGGAGACUAUCUGGGAGACACAACCAUAGAGAGACACAUUGAGAGUGAAGGACAGGCUCUGCAGUGGCUGGUAGAGAAAUGCGGAAACAGAUAUCAUGUUUUUGACAAUAAGAUGGGUGAUGACUCUCAAGUUGCAGAGCUGCUGGAGAAGAUCAAGAAGACUGUGGCACGAAAUGAAGGCUGCCAUUUAAUCACGGAUGUGGAGACAUUACGUAGGACUAAAGAGGACAAGAAAUCGAAGGAGGGAAUGGCUAGAGGCAUGAAUUAUUCUUCAUGUUUCAUGAAUGCAUUCAUAUAUGUUCUCAAAUUCUUCCACGUUGUCUCAUACAGUUCUCAGCUGGUGUUUCUGCCUGUGUGGAGCAUCACACGUCCGCUAUAUUUUCGUAUGGGUUUCCCGCAAGUCCUCUGGUUUUCUUCCACCUCCCAAAAACAUGCAGAUCUAAACAGUGGGACUAAAAAAGACCCACAAUCCACAUCUACACUGCACCCAGACACCAGACGCACCUCAACAGACACUGAACUAUUUACGCCUGAAUUGGUUGAAAACUGUCCUGAAGAUAACAACAGAGAUGAAUACAGGUUUCUCUGCCCUCAUGCUGGUCAGUUUAAAUGCAAACUGACCAACCUUGUGUUUGUGAUGGAAGAGAAAGGUGUACUGAUGUACAGAGUAGUGUCCUGGGACUGCCAGGUCCUGGAUGGAUUACGCAGCAUGGAGCCUGCAGGACCUCUGUACAGUAUUAACUGCGUUGAAGGUUCAAUCUGUUACCUGCACCUUCCACACUGUGAGAUCCAUUGGGAUGUUACAGAUACAAAUGUGGUUAAACUGACCGUGGCACGUGUGACCGGUGAAACUGUAGAAAACCUUCAGCCACUGAAAGUAACGGACACACACGUUAUCAUAGAUGUUCAGAGACAACGUCUCUCCUGCAUUGGUCUCGUAAAAGAGCUGCUAUUCCAAUCAUAUCCCAUCAGAGCCCAAGUCCUGCUGUUCUGUACAGAAACUGAAGAACACAGGAUGAAUAAACUGCAAAUCCAUUUGUUGCCGGGGAAUGUGCCAAUUAAAGAGGUGCAGAAACAACAUAAGUCCAAAACAUACAUUGAGACAGCCUCCGAAUGUCAGCUGACUCCCAGUAACAGCUACAGGCCAUGCUGUAAAACUACAGACCACAACCUUAUGUCCCAACCAGAGGAUACGGCGUUUAAUUGUGAUUACGACCUCAAAUUUCCUCCUACGUUCGAGGUGCUCUUUAAUCCUGAGGUUGAUGAAUUCACUUUAAGUAUAUUGGAUGAAAAUAGCCGGGAGGUGUGGAAGCCUUCUACUUUCUGGCUUACAGAUCUAAACAGUAGGACUAAAAAAGACCCACAAUCUACAUCUACAGUGCACCCAGACACCAGACACACCUCAACAGACACUGAACUAUUUACGCCUGAAUUGGUUGAAAACUGUCCUGAAGAUAACAACAGAGAUGAAUACAGGUUUCUCUGCCCUCAUGCUGGUCAGUUUAAAUGCAAACUGACCAACCUUGUGUUUGUGAUGGAAGAGAAAGGUGUACUGAUGUACAGAGUAGUGUCCUGGGACUGCCAGGUCCUGGAUGGAUUACGCAGCAUGGAGCCUGCAGGACCUCUGUACAGUAUUAACUGCGUUGAAGGUUCAAUCUGUUACCUGCACCUUCCACACUGUGAGAUCCAUUGGGAUGUUACAGAUACAAAUGUGGUUAAACUGACCGUGGCACGUGUGACCGGUGAAACUGUAGAAAACCUUCAGCCACUGAAAGUAACGGACACACACGUUAUCAUAGAUGUUCAGAGACAACGUCUCUCCUGCAUUGGUCUCGUAAAAGAGCUGCUAUUCCAAUCAUAUCCCAUCAGAGCCCAAGUCCUGCUGUUCUGUACAGAAACUGAAGAACACAGGAUGAAUAAACUGCAAAUCCAUUUGUUGCCGGGGAAUGUGCCAAUUAAAGAGGUGCAGAAACAACAUAAGUCCAAAACAUACAUUGAGACAGCCUCCGAAUGUCAGCUGACUCCCAGUAACAGCUACAGGCCAUGCUGUAAAACUACAGACCACAACCUUAUGUCCCAACCAGAGGAUACGGCGUUUAAUUGUGAUUACGACCUCAAAUUUCCUCCUACGUUCGAGGUGCUCUUUAAUCCUGAGGUUGAUGAAUUCACUUUAAGUAUAUUGGAUGAAAAUAGCCGGGAGGUGUGGAAGCCUUCUACUUUCUGGCUUACAGGGGAUCACGAUGAGGCAAGCUUCAACCCUGAGCUCGAGUUUCAGAAUUUCCCACAUUCUACUGAUGCCUAUAAGGGUUACCUCCAAGGUUUCCAGACUCUGCCCACUUAUCAAAAACAGCCUUCAGGAGACAUGGAAUUAUUUAUUCCAGAAAUGCUUGAAAGCUGUGCUAAGGACAGGAAUAGCUGUGAAUACAGGUUUCUCUGCCCUCAUGCUGGCCAGUUUAAGUGCAAACUGACCAACCUGGUGUUUGAGAUGGAAGGCAAAGGUGUUGUGCUUUACAGGAUUGGGUCCUGGGACAGAUGGCUGUGGGAUGGAUUACCCCAAAACGAGCCUGCAGGACCUGUGUAUAGCAUCGACUGCCAUGAAGAUUCAAUCAGUUACCUGCAUCUUCCGCACUCUGAGACUCGCACAGAUGUGGUAAAACUGACUGUGGCACAUGUGACCGGCGGAAACGUGGAAAUCCUUCAGCCACUAAAAGUAACAGACACACAUGCGAUCAUACAAAUCCACAGCCUCUCCCUUUAUGGUCUCAUGAAAGCGCUGCGAUUCCAAACGUAUCCCAUCAGAGCCCAAGUUCUACUGUUCUGUAAAACAGUGACUGGAAAUCAUAGGACGAAUAAACUGCACAUCCAUCUGUUGCCGGGGAAUGUGCCGGUUAAAGAGGUACAGAAACAAUAUGAGUGCAACAAGUACAUUGAGACAACCUCCAAAUGUAAGCUGACCCCCGGUAAGACCUACAGGCCAUGCUGUAAGUCUAACGGCCAUGACUACAUACACCAACCUCAGGAGGACACAUUUGAGUGUGACUACGGUCCCAACUACCACCCUACAUUUGAGGUGCUCUUUAAUGCUGAGGUUAAUGAAGUCAUGUUAAGUCUUUUGGCUAAAAAUGGCCGGGCGGUGUGGACACCUCGUACAGUCUUGCUUAAAGAUAUAGAGGGAGAGGCAACCAACAUGGAUCUAACAGGUGCUGACUUUGUGGAUCAACACAGAAAAACGUUAAUACAAAACGUUUCUUCAGUAAUGGAGAUUGCAGACUGUCUUCUAGAGAGGAACAUUAUAACUAGAGAAAUGUACAGCAGGAUCUCCGCAAAGGAAACAUCACACGACAAAAUGAGAGAAGUGUACACACAUCUUGACUCAGCAGGACGAGCUGCGAAAGCUGAAUUCUAUCAAAUUCUUCUAGAAGUCGGGAUCGGUUCGGGCUUAGUGGACAUUUGUGCUGACUUUGUGGAUAAAUACAAAGCAGAUCUCAUUCAGAGCGUUCCUUCAGUAAUGGAGAUAGCAGACUGUAUCAAAAGCAAGGAAUUUACUAGUGAAAUGUACAAUAAGAUCCAUGCAGAGACUGAGCCAGAGAUAUGUCACUGGUUCCCCUCCAUAUCCUGCAGGAUACUCUCUAACACAGAAAGUAAACCGGAGAAAUCUCUCACUUUCUCAGUGGAAACAGAGUCAGGUGACCUGCACCGUCUCUCAGAAGUCAGGAUUGUGCUCCUGGGCUGUAGAGGUGCAGGGAAAAGUUCAGCAGGAAACACCAUCCUGGGCAGAGAGGAGUUUGACUUACAAGGAAGUGCUCAGUGUGUUAUGAGACAGGGAGAAGUAGCAGGGAGGAAGAUCACUGUGGUUGAAGCUCCAGGAUGGCGGAGAGGUAAAGCUGUGAAGCAGUUGCUCAAACAGGAGAUUGAGCUCAGCGUGUCGAUGUGUCUUUCCAGUCCACACGCUGUACUGCUGGUCAUGCGUUUGGACUUUAAAUUUAGAGAAAAAGACAGAAAAGAGUUCAUCAGAUUUGUAGAUCUUCUCGGGCCAACAGUCUGGAGUCACACCAUAGUUCUGUUCACCUUUGGAGACUCUCUGGGAGACACAACCAUAGAGAGACACAUUGAGAGUGAAGGACAGGCUCUCCAGUGGCUGGUAGAGAAAUGCGGAAACAGAUAUCAUGUUUUUAAUAAUAAAAAGAGAGAUGAUGUCUCUCAGGUCACAGAGCUGCUGGAGAAGAUCGAGGAGAUGGUGGCAGAAAACAAAGGCUGUCCUCUUGAAACAGACACAAGGGCAUCACAGGACCGUCAAGAUAUGUGGAGAAGAGGAAAUAAAAAAGAGAUGAGAGGUGGAGGAAUUCAACUCAAAAACAAACUCUGGGGCAUGUUUGGCGAUUUUUCAACACCUUUUCCUGAGAUUACUCUCCACAGCCAGACCUCUGUCCUACAUCCUGGGUACUCAGGCAUGAUUAGGAAUUCUGCUAUGUCCAGUAUCCCUGGUUCCAGCCUCCAGACUCAUUCCAUAACAUCAGAUUCAGUACUAACGUCUGAUUCUGAGUCUGAAAUCGGGCUAGACGAUAAAUACAGAUAUGAAUUCGGUAAUUCAGAGGAUCAGAUGCUUUGGGAAAUAGCAGAGAGGAAUCCUGAUCUGUACCUUCCUUGUACCCUGAGUGAUGGUGGGACCAGUCGCUCAGAGGACCAGAGAGAGCCUGGUGCAGUGCAGGGAGUGACAAGAGCUUUGAGGUCUCUUCACCUUCAUGCUGGACAGUUUAAGUGUAAAUUCUCAGACCUUGUGUUUGAUAUGAAAGAGGAAGGCAGAGUGAUGUACAAAAUAGUGUCCUGGGACAGCAGUGUCUUGGAUGGAUUAGGCCACAUGGAGCCUGCAGGACCUCUGUACAGUAUCGAGUGCCAUAAAGGUUCAAUCCAUCACCUGCACCUUCCACACUGUGAGACCCGUACAGAUGUGGUUAAAUUGACUGUGGCUCAUGUGACUGGAGGAAAGGUGGAGAUCCUUCAGCCGUUAAAAGUAACAAACUCACACGUGAUCAUAGAAAUUCAACAUCUCUCUUGUUUUGGUCUCUUAAAAUCAUUGCUGCUCCCAGCGUAUCCCAUCAGAGCCCAAGUCCUUCUGUUCUUUGAGAAAAGCCUGAGUAAACUUCACAUCCAUCUGUUGAAACGGAGCAUCCCGGUUGAAGAGGUACAGAAGAGACAUGAAAGCAUCAGUUACAUUCCAACAAGUUCCAAAUGUAUACUGACCCCUGGUAAAAAAUACAGACCAUGCUGUAAAACUACUGACCAUAAAUAUGUUUCCCAACCAGAGGAUGAGACGUUUGAUCGUGCCCGUGACCCCAACUACCAUCCUACAUUUGAGGUGUUCCUUAAACCUGAGAUUAAUAAAGUCACAUUAAGUCUUUUGGAUGAAAAUGGCGUUGUGGUGUGGAAGCCUCGUGAUGUCGUGCUUACAGGUACACAGAGAUCCACAGCCAGUAAAAAUUCAGCUGGUGCUGACUUUGUGGAUAAAUACAAAGCAGAUCUCAUUCAGAGAGUUCCUUUAGUAAUGGAGAUAGCAGACUGUAUCAAAAGCAAGGAAUUUACUAAUGAAAUGUACGAUAAGAUCCAUGCAGAGAAAACAACACAAGACAAAAUGAGAGAAUUGUACAAAUAUCUCAACUCAGCAGGACGAGCUGCAAAAGCUGAAUUCUAUCGAAUUCUUCAACAAAAACAUCUUGGAUUAGUGACAGAGCUGGAGUCAGGAUCUGGUCUGGAUUGUGACAUGCACCGUCUCUCAGAAGUCAGGAUUGUGCUCCUGGGCUGUAGAGGUGCAGGGAAAAGUUCAGCAGGAAACACCAUCCUGGGCAGAGAGGAGUUUGACUUACAAGAAUGUUUUCAGUGUGUUAUGAGACAGGGAGAAGUAGCAGGGAGGAAGAUCACUGUGGUUGAAGCUCCAGGAUGGUGGAGAAAUCAAAUUUGGUUGACAAGGAACAACGACUUUCAUCACAGCAUGUCCAUGUGUCCUCCAGGUCCACACGCUGUACUGCUGGUCAUUCGUUUGGACUUUACAUUUGCAGAAAACGAGAGAGAAAGGUUAGUCAGGUACAUAGAUCUUCCCAGCAUGACAGUCUGGAGUCACAGCAUAGUUCUGUUCACCUUUGGAGACUCUCUGGGAGACACAACCAUAGAGAGACACAUUGAGAGUGAAGGACAGGCUCUCCAGUGGCUGGUAGAGAAAUGCGGAAACAGAUAUCAUGUUUUUAAUAAUAAAAAGAGACAUGAUGUCUCUCAGGUCACAGAGCUGCUGGAGAAGAUCGAGGAGAUGGUGGCAGAAAACAAAGGCUGUCCUCUUCAAGAUUAUGACCUUGAUGAUGAUGACAUUUAUAGGUGGAGAAGUGCAAAUGAACAGAGAAGAGGUGGAGGACGUCAUCACUGAGGCACAGACUUGGGCAUGUCUGAUGAGCUGGGCAUGAUUAGGAAUUCUGCUAUGUCCAGUAUCCCUGGUUCCAGCCAUCAGACUCCCAUACCAACAGGACUCCGGUGUUUAUGAAAGCAGUGACGCAGCGGUCCAGAGAGAGCCUGGUGCAGUGCAGGCAGUGACAAGAGAUUUUAGGACUCUUUACCUUCAUGCUGGACAGUUUAAGUGUAAAUUCUCAGACCUUGUGUUUGAUAU